AGAGUCCUUGAUCUUAGUCGACGACGCGGAAGAGGCCAAAGUCGUUCAGUCUCCUCGUUCUCUUUUUCUUUGUCUCUUUCUCUCUCUUCUCGUGUUUCAUUUUUCUGUCUAUUCUCGACGGACAGUCCUUCUCUCUGAUUUCAGUAAUCAAUUCUCCUCAUCUCAUUCUCAUUCACUAUCCAUAUUAAAUCAUGAAUCCAAUGGGUGGUAUGGGCGGCCAUGCGGAGGCACCACGGAGGGCCCAUCUUUACGUUGGGAAUCUGAGUCCUAGAGUCACAGAGUACAUGCUCACGGAGAUCUUUGCUGUGGCCGGUGCAGUUCAGCAUGUCAAAAUUAUCCCUGACCGCAACUACCAGCACGGUGGUCUCAACUACGGUUUCGUCGAGUACAUCGACAUGCGCGCAGCUGAGACUGCUCUCCAAACCCUUAAUGGACGCAAGAUCUUCGACACUGAGAUUCGCGUUAACUGGGCCUAUCAGGGUCAGCAAAACAAGGAGGACACCACAGGUCACUAUCACGUUUUCGUUGGUGACCUUAGCCCAGAAGUCAAUGAUGAGGUCCUCGGCAAGGCUUUCAACGCGUUCUGCACAAUGUCCGACGCUCGUGUUAUGUGGGACAUGAACUCAGGAAAAUCUCGCGGUUAUGGUUUCCUCGCGUUCAGGGAUAAGACCGACGCAGAGCAGGCCAUCGCGACUAUGAACGGCGAAUGGCUUGGCUCCCGUGCUAUCCGUGUCAACUGGGCAAAUCAAAAGACUCAAGGAGGUCUGCCUGCUCCUCCACGCCCCGGAGGCAGCGUCGGCACCGCCCCCGCCCCCAUUAAUUUCCAGGGUGGUCCCCUCUCCUAUGAAUCCGUCGUCCAGCAGACUCCUUCAUAUAACUCCACCGUUUACGUCGGAAACCUCGUCCCGUACUGCACUCAAGCAGAUCUCAUCCCACUGUUCCAGUCCAUUGGGUACCUUUCGGAGAUUCGCAUGCAGGCAGAUCGUGGAUUUGCAUUCGUUAAGCUCGAUACUCACGAGCACGCUGCCAUGGCUAUUGUGCAGCUGCAAGGGCAGAUGGUCCAUGGACGUCCCAUCAAGUGCAGCUGGGGCAAGGACCGGGCUGAUGGGACUCCCGCGCAACCCGGAGUGCCGCUUAGCCCGACGACUCCUGCGGCUCCCUAUGGCAACAUGCCCAUGUAUGGGAUACAGCAGCCUAAUACCUACGGCCAGUACGGGUUUGGUGGAUACGGUGGUUUCCCCAACCAAGCUGGCGCUGGUGGGUCGCCGACGCCUGGUAUGCCUCAGCCUACACCUGGCGCCGUCGGUUCUGGCCUCGGUGGUGCAGGAGUUGGUGGUGCAGAUCUAUCUGCCGCUGGUGCUGGUGCUGGAGGUGCUGGUGCUCAGUGGCCCUCUGGAGAUGCCGCUGCCUACUAUGCUAACUACUGGGGUGGAUAUUACGGCCAGCAAGGCCAAGGCGCCGAGGGCCAGGGUGCUUAAAGAAUCCUUGUUUGCUCUGUGUCUUAUUCUUCCCAUUCAUCAUCGAUAUCGUGCUCGUGUCCUCUCUCGAAUGUAGCCUGCGAACAUCAUCCAUCCAAGCCAAAGUAUUAUUUUUUCUCGCCUCACCACUCGAAUCCAAAAUUGUGAAAGAUGUGCUUUUGUAUGGUGUCUUCAUCCAAGAACAAACAGUCUUAUCCUUGUGUUCCGUCUCGUUAUUUUGUUAUUGUCUGGUUCCAAUUAUUCUUUCCCCCUCCUGCGUCUUUUGCUAAUCAAGUAUUUCAUCCGCCUCUUGUUCUUUUUCUUCCUCGUUUCUCUCCACGUCUGAUUGUCCUUUCUGUAUAUAUCCUCGGUAGAUGCGCGGUUGCUCAUUAAACUACGUCUACUCGACGGUGCAAUAGGUUUUUUUUUGAUAGCAAGGUCCACUUACCUUAAGAGUCUGAUCAAUUCU